UGCCGGCGGCGCCGCGGUCCGGGUGACAGUUGGGCAUGGCGGGCGCCGACGGGCCGGCGGGGCUGGAGCCCGUGGUGUCGCUGGUCGACGUGCUCGAGGAGGACGAGGAGCUCGAGAACGAGGCGAGCGCCGUGCUCGGCGGCAGCGACUCGGAGAAGUGCUCCUACUCGCAGGGCUCAGUAAAGAGACAAGCACUGUAUGCCUGUAGUACCUGUACCCCAGAGGGAGAAGAACCAGCAGGAAUUUGCCUGGCUUGCAGUUACGAAUGCCAUGGAAGUCAUAAACUAUUUGAACUAUACACAAAAAGGAAUUUUCGUUGUGAUUGUGGUAACAGCAAGUUUAAAAAUUUGGAAUGCAAAUUAUUUCCUGACAAGGCAAAGGUAAAUCCUGGCAAUAAGUACAAUGACAACUUUUUUGGAUUGUACUGCAUUUGCAAGCGACCUUAUCCUGAUCCAGAUGAUGAGAUUCCAGAUGAGAUGAUCCAAUGUGUAGUCUGUGAAGACUGGUUCCAUGGAAGGCAUCUUGGUGCCACUCCCCCUGAGAGUGGGGACUUUCAGGAGAUGGUGUGCCAGGCUUGCAUGAAACGCUGCUCUUUUUUAUGGGCUUAUGCUGCACAGCUGGCAGUAACCAAAGUACCUGCCGAGGAUGAUGGGUUGGUGCUGAAUGUUGAUGGAACAGGUGAUCAUGAAGUUAUGAAACCUGAAAAUGGAGCUCAUCAAGAUGGUACCCUCAAAGAGGAUGUUCCAGAACAUGGGAAAGAUGUUGUCAAGCAAGUUAAAGCAGAGCAGACUAAUGAGCCAUGUACCAGUUCUAGUUCCGAAUCAAACCUCCAGACAGCAUUUAAGAAUCAGCAUCUCAACACAGAAUCCCAGUCUAGCUGCAAACUUCAGGCGCUUAAAGCUAAACAGUUUGUAAAGAAAGACACUGCCACCUAUUGGCCCUUCAACUGGCGUAGCAAGUUGUGUGCCUGCCAAGACUGUAUGAAAAUGUAUGGCGACCUGGAUGUGCUGUUUCUGACAGACGAGUGUGACACCGUUCUAGCUUAUGAAAACAAGGGCAAGGUUGACGAGGCCGCUGACAGGAGAGACCCUUUAAUGGAUACUCUUAACAGCAUGAAUAGAGUCCAACAAGUGGAACUUAUUUGUGAAUACAAUGAUUUGAAGACUGAACUUAAAGACUAUCUCAAGAGAUUUGCUGAUGAAGGCACAGUGGUUAAGAGAGAGGAUAUCCAGCAGUUCUUUGAAGAGUUUCAGUCAAAAAAGAGAAGACGAGUGGACGGGAUGCAGUAUUACUGCAGCUAGCCGGAGUGCGGACCCUUCCCCGCAGGCCCACCCCGCGGAAGGGCCACUUGCUGUUCUGGAAUAAAGGAGGCACAUUUCACAGUUGUUCCUCUUUUCCUCUUCUCUGCGAGGAGGCCUCCCCUCCCCUCCCCUCCUCCUCCGGCCUUGAACUUCCUUCUUACUGCAGUCGCCAUGUUUGUGCUGAUUUCACAACCAGCAUUCCUCUUCCUGACUCAGCUAUAUGCAGCUCAUUGCACAGACUUCAGCUCCCCUGUCUACCCAGGGCUAUUCACUUCUAAGUUUUAAGACAUUUGGUUGGAUUUUGAAAGAGUAAAUUAAUUUCUUUUCUAAUGAUUUGUUCUUUAACUCCCAAAUGUGUCUACUUUGCCUCAGAGCUGUUGUCUUCCAGGCCCUGCUCUGUGGCGCCCACAGAAGAUUCUCUUCCUGUCAGCUAGAACCUCUGUAGGUCCCCUCACCCCAGUGAUCGUGGUGCCUUGCAUCAAAGCUUCCUCAAGCCUGGUCUGCUCCUUCUCCCGCGUUCCUGCCUUCUGAGGUUUGGUCACGGCGUAGAAAGGCCCUGGGAGCUUGUCUCCUCCGGCCCAGCCUCCAAAGUAGCCAGGGUUGGUGGUUUUCUGGCCUGGAUGUCUGUCACAGGCAAGGAGAUUGGCUGAUGGCAGGGUUGAGGAAGCCAACCUUUAUUAUAACCCUCACUGAUAAAUUUAAAGGGAGAUUUUCAUUCACAAUUCUGCUGGCACGAGAAUCUUAGAAUUUCAGUACUGUAGUGCUUACCGGGCUUCCUGAAGAAAAUUGCCAGAACAGAACAUCAGUCCCUCUUCUGCUGCCUAGAAAAUAGACCGGGUACUCCCCUGUGAAAUCUUGGUGGUUUACAAAGUCCUCUGGAUUUCUUUAUAUUAUCAGGGAUAUUCUUACACGUAUUUUAAAAAUGGGCCUAUUUUGAUAUUGUUCUGUUAUAAAAUUGUUAUUAGAACUCAAUAAAUUAUUUUUUCCCCCUUAACUCUAUGCUGAAGAAAGAAGAGCCUGACUAGCUUACUUGAGGUGAACAGGGCACUAAGUGCCCUGAUUUGGAAGAGGCAGACUGUGUGGAGAGAUUCCCAGCAAGGCCCCAGCUGCACGAUUGACGAGCUUUAUGUACAUAAAUCCUAGUGCCCACCACUGGUUCCCUAAUGACUACGAGAACUUCUUUUGAAGAACCUCAUGGAAUGUUGUAUAAAACCCCAUUUUCAAGGGAUAUCCUUUCAGUUGGUCUGAAACACCUUGAAAGACCCUCCGUCUGUGUAGAAAACACCCUUUGAUAAACACAGAGCCCCUGGUCACGCUCCCUCUGCAGGAACAAGGGCUUUCUUGACAAAGAUGACUCACUUUGAGACAUGUGACUAAGCGUUUGAAGCUUUGGGACCACAAGUGUUUAAUGUUCCUGAUGUGGUGCGUCCAGCGUGCCCGUACACAAGAGCCCCCAUCCCUGGAUGAGAUGCGCGAGGCCUGCAGUAAGUCAGGGCCUCCAAGAAAUGGUUCAACCCAUGUUUUUCUGCAUCACGUCUAAUUACAGAUCCUCGCGGAAGAGCGACGUGUGGAGCUGGAAGCACUUGUGG